CAGCCGGCGACGGCGUCCGUCCGUACUGCAGAGCCGCUGCUGGAGGAUCGUUUUAAAGGGCCCGCGCGCCGCCGCCCCCUCGGCCCGCCAUGCUGCUACCUGUGCCGAUACUGCUCGGCUUCCUCGGCCUGGUCGCCGCCGCGCCCUCCGUGUACUUCAAGGAGCAGUUUCUGGACGGAGACGAGUGGACCUACCGCUGGAUCGAAUCCAAACACAAGUCAGAUUUUGGCAAAUUCGUCCUUAGUUCCGGCAAGUUCUACGGUGACCAGGAGAAGGAUAAAGGGCUGCAGACCAGCCAGGAUGCCCGCUUUUAUGCCCUGUCGGCCAGAUUCGAACCUUUCAGCAACAAGGGCCAGACGCUGGUGGUGCAGUUCACUGUGAAGCAUGAGCAGAACAUUGAUUGUGGGGGUGGCUACGUGAAGCUGUUUCCUGAUAAUUUGGACCAGACAGACAUGCAUGGAGAUUCAGAAUACAACAUCAUGUUCGGCCCAGACAUUUGUGGCCCAGGCACGAAGAAGGUUCAUGUCAUUUUCAAUUACAAGGGCAAGAACAUGCUGAUCAACAAGGAUAUUCGGUGCAAGGAUGAUGAAUUCACACACCUCUACACACUGAUUGUACGGCCCGACAACACCUACGAGGUGAAAAUUGACAACAGCCCCGUGGAAUCAGGCUCCUUGGAGGAUGAUUGGGACUUCUUGCCUCCCAAGAAGAUAAAGGAUCCUGAUGCUUCCAAGCCAGAAGACUGGGAUGAGCGUGCCAAGAUUGAUGACCCCACAGACUCCAAACCUGAGGACUGGGACAAACCUGAGCACAUCCCUGACCCUGAUGCUAAGAAGCCUGAGGACUGGGAUGAAGAAAUGGAUGGAGAGUGGGAACCACCAGUGAUUCAGAACCCUGAGUACAAGGGUGAGUGGAAGCCACGCCAGAUUGACAACCCAGAUUACAAGGGCAUAUGGAUCCACCCAGAAAUUGACAACCCUGAAUACUCCCCUGAUGCCAAUAUCUAUGCUUAUGAUAACUUUGCUGUGCUGGGCCUAGAUCUCUGGCAGGUCAAGUCUGGUACCAUCUUUGAUAACUUCCUCAUCACCAACGAUGAGGACUAUGCAGAACAGUUUGGCAAUGAGACAUGGGGUGUCACAAAGGAUGCAGAAAAACAGAUGAAAGACAAACAGGAUGAGGAGCAGAGGCUUCAAGAGGAAGAGGAGGAAAAGAAGCGUAAGGAGGAAGAGGAGGAGGGAGAAGACAAGGAGGAUGAGGAGGACAAAGAUGAGGACGAGGAGGAUGAGGAGGACAAAGAGGAAGACGAGGAGGAAGAUGCCACUGGCCAGGCCAAGGAUGAGCUGUAGAGGCCACACUGGCCACCUCCAGGGCUGGACUGAGGCCUGGACGCUCCCACUGCAGAGCUGGCCACGCCAAAUAAUGUCUCUAUGAGACUCAAGAACUUUCAUUUUUUUCCAGGCGGGUUCAGAUUUGGGGUGGAUUUUGGUUAUUUCCCCCGCCUUUUUUUUUUUUUUUUUUUUUUUUUUUUUACUGGUGUUUUUGUCUUCAAUUCUCCUUCAGGCCUCACCACCCCUCUCAUUUUCUCAAUCAACAUCUUUCCCUUUUUCUGUCCCCUUUGUUCCUGGUCCCUUAGCUACUACUCUCCAACCCUGGGGGUGAGGGUGUGGAGAAGCCCUAGGCUUGAGAUUCCAUCUGCUCUCCUUCCUGGAGACCAGAGGGGGGCAGGAGAAAGGGGUGGCAUCUUCAGCUCCCCAGCACUGAGGAAGACUGGGGCUCUUCCUGCCCCCCCCCCCUUUUUUCUCCCCUGCCUCCAGGACUGGGCCACUUCUGGGUGGGGCAGUGGGUUCCAGCUCGGCUCACACUGAGAAUGUAAGAACUACAAACAAAAUUUCUAUUAAAUUAAGUUUUGUGUCUC